AUUCGAUCAAUGUUUUCAUACCAAUCCUCCUCAACAUGUCUAACAAAUUCCAAGUACAUGUACUCAUCAUCGGUGCUGGGAUAGGUGGCCUAGCAGCAGCCAUUGGAAUCGCACGAGCUGGCUAUCAGGUCACAGUUAUUGAGAAGUCAUCUCAACUAGGAGAGAAAGGUGCCGGAAUCCAAGUUCCUCCCAAUUCAUCGCACAUACUAUCUCGAUGGGGACUUCUCAAAACACUCAGUGCUGAAGCAAUGCAACCUGGAUCGAUCAUCAUUCGAUCUUACCACGAUGACUCCAUCCUUUCAAAACUCAAACUGAAGGGGAGAGACUCCAUUGAGGAGGCCUACGAUUACCCAUGGCUCCAUAUCCAUCGAGAAACAUUACACAAAGCGUUAUCCGACGAAGCAACACAGCAUGGCGUAGUCUUCCGUCUCGGGUCGACCGUCGCAGGCAUUGAUUUCCAGAACUCCACUGUACGGAUCCAAGACCAGAAGAUCAUCUCUGCAGAUAUCAUCAUCGGCGCUGAUGGAGUGAACUCUGUGUGUCGCGAAGCGCUACUGGGACGUCCGGACCCACCUGUACUGACUGGCGAUAUGGUAUACCGAAUCUCCCUCUCAACAACAGAGAUGAAGAAACAUGUAGAGUUAGAAGCGCUUGCCACAAAACCUAAUUUCAAUUACUGGGCAGGACCAGGCGAGCAUGCAGUCGGCUACUUGAUCGAGCACGGAACGCAGUUUAACAUCGUCAUCGCAGCUAAAGACAAUCUUCCCUUUUCUUUCUCUCGCGGAAAAGGCGAUGUGAAUGAGAUGCGAGAACGCUUCGAAGGAUGGAGCAGCACCUUUACGCUGCUGCUAGAACUGGCUAGCGAAUCGACAGUAUGGAGAUUAUGUUGUGGGAGAGAAAUGGAGACAUGGACACAUGGUGGAGGUAGCUUUUCUUUGCUUGGGGAUGCGUGCCAUUCUAUGCUACCUUAUUUAGCACAAGGAGCUGCUCAGGCUGUGGAAGAUGGUGCUGUCCUUGGUGCGCUGUUCUCUAGGUGUGAGAGUAGAGAGGACGUUUUUGAUGUUCUUGGUGUUUAUGAGGAGCUUAGAAUGCCGAGAGCGAAUAUGGUGGCAAGAGUUUCGAGGGAGAAAGUCGGGAUGAGAUGGAGGGAUUCGGGUGAAGGAAGUUUGAAUCCUUGGGCUAAUCUGAAUUUCCAAAAGGAGUUGUUUGGAUACGAUGUUGAAGGUGAGGUGGAUAACACUUGGAAUAGGUACAAGGCUGCAACGGCUGAGAUGAGAAAAUCCAACAGCCAGUGACUUGGAAUAAUUGUUGCCUCCUUGUUCCUUCUCUUCCAUUCACCACUUG